AUGAAGUUGAGCCCGGAUUAUAUGAGGUAUCUUUCCUCUGACGAUUUCAGAACAUUGACGGCAGUCGAGUUGGGUUCACGAAACCAUGAGAUUGUUCCUACAAAUUUGAUCUACCAGAUCAGUAAAGUCAGCUCAUCGCUUUGCAAUAGAUGCAUCUCCAAUUUGGCGAAAUUGAAGUUGAUAGGGAAAGUGAGAAACGCCAAAUACGAUGGUUACAGGUUGACGUUCAGUGGAUACGAUUUUCUUGCAUUGAAAUCCAUGGUUAAUCGUGAGAAUAUUUACUCAUUAGGAACGAUUAUUGGAGUUGGAAAGGAAUCUGAUAUCUAUUCAAUUAGCGAUAAAACAGGUCAGCAAAAGAUUUUAAAAGUUGUCAGGUUGGGGAGAACUAGUUUUAGAACCGUUAAAAAAAACAGAGACUAUUUGAAAAAUAGAAAGACAACAAAUUGGAUGUAUUUAUCAAGAUUAGCUGCUGAAAAAGAAUAUGAAUUUCUCAAAAUUUUAUAUGAUUCCAAGUUUAAUGUCCCAAUACCAUAUGACUAUUCCAGACAUUGUAUAUUAAUGGAGUGGGUAAAUGGAUUUCAAAUGAAACAAUUGAAAGAACAUUUCAAUUAUAAAAAAUUAUAUUCAGAUCUAAUGAAAUUUAUUGUUAAAUUGGCCAAUUACGGGUUAAUCCAUUGCGAUUUUAAUGAAUUCAAUAUAAUGAUUCGAAAUGAAGAAGAUUUGGGAAAAUUCAAUGAAGAUUUCGUUGUUAUUGAUUUCCCACAGUCGAUUUCAAUCGAUCAUGUUAAUCAUGAAUAUUAUUUUAAUAGAGAUGUUGAGUGUAUAAAACGAUUUUUCAAAAGAAAAUUCAAUUAUGAACCAUAUUUAAAUGAUAAAUAUAAUGAAGAAGAAGAAGAAAAUGAUGAUGAUGAUGAUGAUAAUGAUAAUAACGAUGAUAAUAAUAAGAAUAAGAAGAAGAAGCAAAAAAAUAAUUGUGUUUUUUUGGAUACUGAUGGAUACGGAGAUGGGUUUAAAUAUUCAUAUCCUGUAUUUAAAAGAGAUGUCAAAAGAAUAGGUAACUUGGAUGUUCAGGUAAUGGCAAAGAAAUCAACUUAUAGCAAAAAUAACUAUAGCACUGAAAAAGAAUUGGAAGAAGCAGUUAAUCAAAUGAGAAAUCAUGAAAUUGAAAAUUACAAUGAAGAAAGCGAUAUAAAUGAUGAAGAUGGUUAUGAACUGGAAGGUGAAUUCGAAGAUGCAGAAAUCGAUUAUUACGAAAAUUAUGAUGAAGACGAAUUAGACAGUGAAGAUGAACUUGAUAGAAUCAACAAAGAAAACAAGCAGUUGGAAGAAGAAAAUGAAGAAAUCAUAAAAAAAUUGAUUGAAGGGGUUGAAGAUCUUAAAAUGGAUAAAUUUGGAAAUUAUAUUUUGAAUAAAAAAGAUAAUUAA